AUGUUGAUGGCAACAGAGUCAUUUAUUGCACCAGAGGAGCCCACAAAGAAAAAGAACGUCUGGUUUGAGUGGAAUGAAGAAUGUGAAGAGAGCGACUAUGAGGAUGAAGAAACUGCUGAUGAAGUGAUUGUGCAUACCAUCGUGGAAGAUCCAAACGAUAAGGUUCACAAGCACAGAAAUUUCCUUCACGACGAUUUCUUUGAUAAUUUUAUCGCAAACUUUGGACAAAAUGAUUGCGACGCGAAAAAUGACAAGACAUUCCAUGCGACAAAGCCUACAAGUGAAUACGCUUUUGUCAGAGAAGAGAUUGAUAUCAAACGCUAUUCUGACAUUGACGGACAAGGUACAUACGAUUCAGAUGGGGACGAGAUCCCACAACUAGUGGAACGAAAGAUGAAUGCUAAGCACUACGCAUCAGACAAAUGGGACCACGAUCAUGGAAUGCCCAAAUACGAGUACGACUCCGACAACUCUGGCAAUGAUGACAUUCCACUAUUUUUGGUCAACCAACAUGGUGUUUUGAUCGCAAGACGGCAAUACAAUAGCAACGACGACGAUAGCGAUGAUGACGAUGAAGACUCAACUCAUAACAAAGACGAUCCAUACUUCUAUGAUGAUGAUGGGGAUGAUAAGUCGACAGUGCAGACUGAAACAAGCAUCCAAGGUGAAAUCACCUUGACCCUAAACGGAAUUGCAAUGGCCAACAUGGAUAACUGGAAAUCUGAGGAGAUGAAACUGACACCGCAGACUUGGUUUGGAGACAGCGCAGCAAGUACACAUAUGUGCAAUGAUAACACAAACCUGUAUGACUAUGAUGUCAUUUGA